AUGACCAAGCUUGAUAUCAAGAGUGUGGGGAUCAUUGGCGGCGGCCCCGGCGGCCUCGCGGCGCUCUACGAGUUUUUGCACACUAAGGCCGACGGCACCCUGACUGUCGGCAAGGAAGCGGCUGAUCCGCCGGCGUUUACCACGGUGGACUUAUUUGAACGUAAGGGAGCCGUGGGUGGUAUCUGGCUGCCGGGACAGGACAAGCCCGACGCGUUACCCGAGCAAUUGAGCGAUGACUAUAACCAGCCCGAUGCCAUUUGGAAACUGCCGGAAGUGCCGGAAGAUGUCGGAAGUGCUACCGAAGAUAAACCCCUCGUCACUGAAUCGGGAGCUGACAAGCAAAACUGGCAACUGCUGGGAGUGUUCCCCGGUUUGUUCACCAAUAUUCCCCUGCAAUUUACUCGGUUUUCUUACUUGCCUGAUGAGCCUGAGUACCACGACAAGACGCGGCAAAUCUACCCUUUCUUGACGUUGGAAGAACAGCAGAAACGGUUCUCUGAUUUCGUGAAAAGAGAACACCUUGACGACCAUAUCCACUACUAUUCUGAUGUGGUUAAGGCGGAGAAGGUCGGCGAUAAGUGGAAGCUUACCAUCCACCAAACCCUGCCUGAAGACAAGGGUAAGCUGAAGUGGUUUACCAAGGAAUACGACGCCAUUGUUGUGGCUAACGGACACUAUACCGUGCCCAAUAUCCCUCAUAUUGAAGGGCUUCAGCAGUUCCACAAUGCCCACCCUGGAGCCGUGCUCCACGCCAAACUGUACCGCGGACCUGAUCAAUUCAAAGGGAAACGGGUUUUAGUGGUUGGCGGUUCGAUUCUGACGGUGAACCAGCUUCAGUAUAUUGUUCCUGUGGCUGAACUGACGGUGGUCAGUCGCCGUGGCCCUCACAUUGUAUUUGAAUGGAUUAACGAUGCUAUCAAGUCUAAGGGUAUUACCUCUAAACCGGCCAUCUCCAAAUUUGAAGAAGACGGCACCGUGGUGUUUUCUGACGGUUCUAAAGAGGAACCGUUUGACUACGUUGUUCUUACCACAGGGUACCACUACUACUACCCGUUCCUCAAAGACGACACGUUCCUUCAAGUGAAGCUGCCGCUGAACUUGCUGAGAGUUUCAGGGUUGUACUACGAUACUUUCCUGAUUGCUGACCCUACUCUCGGCAUUGUGGGAGUGGCGGUACUGUCGUUGAACUUCCACACCAUCGAAGCUCUGGCGGCUGCCCUUGCCGGUGUCUGGUCUGGCGCUACUCAAUUGCCCCCUCCCUCGGCCCAGAUUGAGCGGGAACAGCGGUGGAUCGAUUUAACUGCCGACAACUUGUUGUUCCACUACUACCGUCAUUAUGACGUCAAGGACGAGUUUGUCGACAAAUUGAAGCCGUAUGCCGCCAAAGACCGGCCCUACGUGCUUCGCGAAGACGGCUACUACAUUCCCGAUAUCGCUAAAGGGUUCAAGUACCAGAAACGUCUCUUUUAUGGGAUAAAAGACGGUGACAUUCCCUUGGAAGAAACUGUGGGGGAAGUGGGCCGCUUGGAGAAGCCAGUAUACGUGUUGUAG